UACCCCGGUGGAGAAUCAUCAGAAGAACGGGACGUUCGGGCCCCGAAACGUCGCAGGACGUCGUCAAAGUGUCGUCGCGCGCGGACACCCUCUCUUUUUUUUAAUUUUUUUCCACCCUCUGCAAGUGAGUGACCUAAGCACGCUGGUGGUAUCCGCUCGUCGUUGGACAGGAAGCGGGAUAUGAGCUACACCGAACCGCUGUGGGAGAUUAAUGGAAAUCAAGCACCAGUAAUCGCGGCGGAGAUGUCGCAGUACGUCGGCGGUGAGAUCGCCAGCUACCCGAUGUGGGACAGUUCCGUUUUGUAUCAGGCACAACCGCCCGCUCAUCCGCACGUGAACGAACACGGAUUGUACAGGCAACCCUGCGCGUUGUUGCACCAGAGUCGUUAUACGUCGAACGGCCGCUCGCCGAAUUUGCCAUCGUCAACGACAAAGAAACCGAGACGUCGAGUGGCGACGGUAUCGCAGAGGAGAGCCGCGAAUAUCCGGGAGAGACGCAGGAUGUUUAAUCUGAACGAGGCCUUUGAUAAACUUCGUAGGAAAGUACCAACGUUCGCCUACGAGAAACGGCUCUCAAGAAUCGAAACAUUGCGUCUAGCGAUCACGUACAUCGCCUUCAUGGGGGAGCUACUCGGUAUCGAGCCAAGUAGUCCGAAGCCGGAAUACAUACCUCGGGAGUAUUACUUGCCAAAUUGAAUGUCUUUCUCUCCUCUAUCGUAAUUAACGAGGCGUUCACGGGCCAAUGCGAGUCUACGUCUUACUGACGAAAAACGUCUAGUCGGCGAAAUCAGUCUUCCAUUAUUGAUUAGCAUUAUAACAUUAAGUCUCGAAAUGUAAUUUAACACACGUUCACAUAUGACACUCGUACUUCUACGAUAUUACUCGAUCUUUUUCGUCUCAAUCCAUUACUUUUUUCGAUACUAUCACUCUUCGAUGUUGUGCAAAAAUUUCUAUGUACGAAAUGUAUGGAAAAAUAGUAGAUUAAAAUCUAAAUGGAUUUAUCGAGCAAUCCUCGAAACACUGUUCUAGUAUCGAACGGAUUAAAUAUUCGAUUAAAAUGUUUUCCCUUACUAUGCAGACAAUAAUCUUGUAAUGCUUUAUCGUGUCGUUUAUUACGAAUCUCGUGUGAUUGAAGGGAAUGAUUGCAAUAUUAAGAGAUAAAAUUAAGAUCCUCUGUCUUUUAUUCUUCGUAAAUACGCGUUGUAUGUUAUAAGAUGGCGUUGGAUUGCGGCGAAUCAAAAAAGGAACAUUUUACGAGUUUGGUCUCCAAUGUUGAACAAAUUAAUCGGCAAAUAGAAAUCUCGUAAAUAUUGAAAUUGUAACAAAAAUAUUGAACUUGUAAAUUAAAAAAUUAUAUUAUACCUUUUCUGAUAGUAAUGAGAAUAUUCAUCAGAAUCCGUAUUUGUCUUUAUACAAUACAACCCCAUCUUACAUCACUGCAAUUAUUAAUUUUAAUAAUAUGAUUGCUGAAUAUAUGUGUAUAACUAUUUGUCUCUGAUUAUCGAAAUUGCGGAUUGCAAAAAUAAAUAAGUGUGAAAAUAAGUUAAAAUAAAGAUUUAAAUGAUAACAUAUUAUAUCCCGUAUUCUGCGAGAAUUUGUUUUUAUACGCGAAUCCUGAUAAUGAUCCAAAAUUGCUUAUCAACUACUGGCGAUUCACAUUCUUUCGUUGCUAACAUAUAAAUUAUAUUUAUAAUUGCAAAAUAUAAAAAUUUGCUGACAAGCUACGUUGUACUCCUUUUGCCAACAAAAUUUGUAGUAGAUUGUACUCGAUAAACUUGGUUAUCUAUAUAUUUUAUUGUAACUUUGCAUUUUCUGGUUAUAAAUGAAAU